CGCGGGUGCGGCCGGAGGGUGGAGCUGGACGAGGUGGGGGCAGCCACGCCCGAACCCCGCAGCGGCCGGUGGGCCCCGCGGGAGUGCGUGAUCCUCCCAGGAUGAGGCCGGGCUGUGGGGGGACGUGCGGGGUUCGCGGGCGCCGAGCGGGGCGGGGUCGGGGUCGGCGGGGCGCACGCUCUGGGAGCCUCCCGUGCGCUCCUGCCUUUCACGGCCCUUCCCGUGGACACGUGGCCGGCCCCCAGCAGUGACCACCCCCCAGCCUCCACCUCGACCUCUGACCACAGCGGGCCCGGGUCAGAUAUGGGCUCUGUCUGGACUCGGUCCACGCGGGGGCGACCUUGGCCUCCCAACUCCUGCGUGUCCCAACGUGCUCCCUCCCUUGGCGCGAGUUCCCUCAGGACUUUGCUGCGCGUGAAGUGGGAUGACAAACGGGUCCCCACAAGCAUGAGAGGACACUGGAGCCCGGGUGGCCAAGUGCCCCUGCCUCCUCAAGCUGAGAAGGUGAGCUCUCUGGGCAAGGACUGGCACAAGUUCUGUCUCAAGUGUGAGCGCUGCAGCAAGACACUGACCCCCGGGGGCCACGCUGAGCAUGACGGGAGGCCGUUCUGCCACAAGCCCUGCUAUGCCACGCUGUUCGGACCCAAAGGGGUGAAUAUCGGAGGGGCCGGCUCCUACAUCUACGAGAAACCCUCUGCCGAGGGCCCCCAGGUCACCGGCCCCAUCGAGGUGCCCGUGGUCCGGGCUGAGGAGCGCAAGGCCGGCGGCCCCCCGAGGGGGCCCAGCAAAGCCUCCAGCGUCACCACGUUCACGGGGGAGCCCAACGUGUGUCCUCGCUGCAACAAGAGGGUCUACUUUGCCGAGAAGGUGACCUCUCUGGGCAAGGACUGGCACCGCCCGUGCCUGCGCUGUGAGCGCUGUGGGAAGACGCUAACUCCAGGCGGGCACGCGGAGCAUGAUGGCCAGCCCUACUGCCACAAGCCCUGCUACGGAAUACUCUUUGGACCGAAAGGAGUGAAUACCGGAGCCGUGGGCAGCUACAUCUAUGACAGAGACCCAGAGGGCAAAGCUCAGCCCUAGGGAUGCAGCCCGUCCAAGGAGCCGGGCCUCUCCUCUGCCGGCCCUGCUCCAGAGCCUACUGCUUGGCCCUAUGGGGGAGCGCGGCCAGCCGUCCGGUCCUCCCCCUGCACGUCCAGGGCCCGGGUGUUGUGCGGGAGGAGGCCCGCCUGCCUAUCCCCGUUCCUCUCCCCUGCCCGUGGUCCCCUUUUGUGUCCACGUGGUCCCACAUGGCCCCGCGUGUCUCCUGGCCCUCCGUGGGUCUGUCUGAGGUGGGCGUCCCGCUCUCCCCCUCCUACUGCCCCAGGCCUGCCUCACAGUGUUAUUUCUGCUCCCCUCGCCGGUGACGCUGCCACGCUCUUCACGGUGUUCCCAGGGCGGACCCAGGGCGUCCCUGCCAGGAGCCCUCUGCCCAUCGCCCCCACCGCCUUGCAGUGCCUGCCUGACACCCUCACGCGGCUCACAUGUAACUGCUGAGAUUGCUGUCAAUAAAGGUUUGAGGAUUGGGGGA